AUGGAUAUCCCCAAGACCAAAUCCGGCCAAGACUGGAGCAACUGGGAACACUUCCUCCUAGCUCUCGCCCACGAGCUCCUCAAAAAUGAAGGACACGACGUCUCCGACCACAUCACUAUGCGGAGAAACAUAUCCAGACUACUGUCGCACGCAAGCGAUACCUGGUUGGAGAACUCGCGAAACUACAGCCUGGAUAGCAUCAAUAAGAUCAAUCCUCCAGGCUUCAAUUUCACCCUUGAGAAGAAACAUAUCUAUGUGAAUUAUGUCGAGAGGGAUUUCAAGGGCGUCAAGGAGGCGGAAGCGUUUUGCGAUAAGGCGGAUGAAGUGAUGAAGGAGGCUAUGGAGAAGUUUGGGUUGGAUCUUCGGACGCGUUACCCGGAGGAAUUUGGAGCGGAUCGGAAAAGCGCAGACACGGUAAAGUCUGGUACGACUGAGAAAAAAUGA